CCCUGCAGUCACUAUAUCCGGUCUCCCCGGACCCUGCAGUCACUAUAUCCGGUCUCCCCGGACCCUGCAGUCACUAUAUCCGGUCUCCCCGGACCCUGCAGUCACUAUAUCCGGUCUCCCUGGACCCUGCAGUCACUAUAUCCCGGUCUCCCCGGACCCUGCAGUCACUAUAUCCGGUCUCCCCGGACCCUGCAGUCACUAUAUCCGGUCUCCCCGGACCCUGCAGUCACUAUAUCCGGUCUCCCUGGACCCUGCAGUCACUAUAUCCGGUCUCCCCAGACCCUGCAUUCACUAUAUCUGGUCUCCCCGGACCCUGCAGUCACUAUAUCUGGUCUCCCCGGACCCUGCAUUCACUAUAUCUGGUCUCCCCGGACCCUGCAUUCACUAUAUCUGGUCUCCCCGGACCCUGUAUUCACUAUAUCUGGUCUCCCCCGGACCCUGCAUUCACUAUAUCUGGUCCCCCCAGACCCUGCAGUCACUAUAUCUGGUCUCCCCGGACCCUGCAUUCACUAUAUCUGGUCUCCCCGGACCCUGCAGUCACUAUAUCUGGUCUCCCCAGACCCUGCAGUCACUAUAUCUGGUCUCCCCGGACCCUGCAGUCACUAUAUCUGGUCCUAUACUAUAUAUAUAUAUUACACACACACAUAUACACACACAUACAUACACACUGUGCUAGGCAGCACAGCGGCUAAAUGGUUAGCACUUCCACCUGGUAGUACUAGGGUCAUUGGCUCAGAUCCCACCUGCCUGGAGUUUGCAUGUUCUCCCUGUGCUUGCAAAAAAAAAAAAGAAAAACCUUUC